ACUGCUCUCAGUUCUCAGGUCCAGUUCUUCCUCUUCUCUCUGUUUACGUUCAUCCAACAACAUGGAGGACGAGCUUGAUGUAGAUAUCGAGGGAGACGAGUCUGAAAGCAGCAUUAAGCAGCUGGACGGAGGAGAUUUAGUCCAGGAGCAGUUCAUACAGUCUGCGUGGAAGAGCAGCGCAGGGAUACUGCCCUGGGAGCUGGACAGCUCAAUCAGCCCGGAGAACAGAGAGGUGAUAGAGAAGAUGCUGCUGGAGGAACAAUACUAUCUGACAGGUCAGGACAUUCCUACUCAUAUUUGGGACAGUGAUGCUAACAACAAGUCCAAACUGAAAAAGUCUCCAGCCAAGGCCUCUGCCUCAGGUUCAUCUUCUCGCUGGUCCAAGCAAGAGAAAGAGCUCUUUGAUGAAGGACUGGCUCGGUUUGGUCGAAGUUGGACCAAGAUUGCCAAGUUGGUGGGCAGCCGUACUGUUCUCCAGGUCAAGAGCUAUGCCAGACAGUAUUUCAAACACAAGGCUAAAUCAGAACCCAGAGGUGCAGCUCCAUCUGCAGGUGCUGUGCUGCACAAACAACCCCCUCAAACCACUUCCAGUCAUGGUAGCACUCUGUCGAACACUGUCCGUAUAGAGAAGCUUUCUGAUGAUGAGGACGAAGAUGUAGACAUCACAGACAACCCAAGUGAUGACGGAAACGCUGAUGACAAACUGAAAGCUGUGUUCGGCACUGAGUUCUGUGAGCCAGAGCAGCUAACAGGCGCCAAGAUCCAGACAGACAAUUCCUUAGAAAAGCAGAAAGAUGUAGGUCAGGCUGGUACAAAGGACCGACACAGCCACGUGUUGCUACCUCCACAAAGUCCUCACCCCUCAUCUUCGUUCCCUUGCUCAGUGGAGUGUGAUGGAGCUGGCCCAGAUGAGAAAAGCAACCAGACAGGAUCACCUUUUCUAAAAAACCUUCAUGCGAGAGAACAGAUGGACUCAAAGCAAAUGACCGAUGAGAAUGAUGGCCAGUGUUCCCAGUUUGAGAGCUCAGUGGAGGCCGGUCAGUUGGAAGAGCCCUGGAGUGAUGGCACAGAUUUUGCUGAUAAGACUGAGCACAAUGUAACUGACAGACCAGAAGACAACCAGGAGGAGGAGGAGGAAGAGGAGGAGCUUAAGGUACCUGAACAGGAAAUAGAGAUAGACACAGAGACCAUCACUGAGGACGAAAAGCAAGCAAUCCCAGAGUUUUUUGAGGGAAGACCGUCCAAGACCCCUGAAAGAUACCUGAAGAUCAGAAACUACAUCCUGGAUCAGUGGUUGAAAAGCAAGCCCAGGUACCUGAACAAGACAUCAGUUCGUCCUGGCCUGAAGAACUGUGGUGAUGUCAACUGCAUAGGGAGAAUACACACAUACCUGGAACUCAUUGGAGCCAUCAACUUCAACUGUGAGCAAGCAGUGUAUAAUCGCCCAAAGGUGGUGGACCGCUCCAGGCAUAAAGAAGGCAAAGAGAUGUUUGAGGCUUAUCAGCUUGCCCAGAGACUGCAGAGCAUUCGGACCAGGAAGCGCCGCGUGAGGGACAUAUGGGGAAACUGGUGUGACGCCAAAGAUUUGGAAGGACAGACAUAUGAGCAUUUCAGUGCUGAGGAACUCGCUCUGCAUAGAGAGGAGAUGAAGAAGCAGCAUAAGCCCUGUAAGAUGUUCAGAAACAGAGGGUCUUUUGAUCCUUUCCAGCUGAUUCCCUGCAGGUCUUUUGGAGAGGAUGUACAGGAACCGUUCCAGGUUGUUGUUUGUGCAGACACUUUGCUCAUCAUGGACAUGCAUGCCCAUGUGUCACAGGGUGAAGUAAUCGGCCUGCUAGGUGGAACUUUUAACAAGGAAAAGAAAGCAUUGAAGAUCUGUACAGCAGAGCCAUGUAACAGCAUAAGCACAGGUUUGCAGUGUGAGAUGGACCCGGUGUCUCAGACGCAGGCCUGUGACGUGCUGUCAUCACUGGGUUUCAGUGUGGUGGGCUGGUACCACUCACAUCCCUCCUUCCACCCCAACCCUUCAGUACGGGACAUAAACACUCAGGACCAGUUCCAGAGUUACUUCUCGCGUGGUGGAGCCCCCUUCAUUGGCAUGAUAGUAAGCCCAUAUGACCCAGCCAAUCCCUCCCCCCACUCCCAAACCACCUGCUUGUUGGUGAAAGAGAGUCAAGAUCCCUCAGGCCCCCACAAGCAGCCCUACAGAUUUGACUUCCUGUCAUCACCAGACAUUCCAGACUGGGAACAGACAAUGAGGAGAGCUCAGUGGAUCAUCCACAAAUACGUUCAAACACCCGGGAGUGUGCAGAUGAACAGACCUUUCCGGAAAGAUUCUCAUCUCACCUGUCUGGAGAAAAUGCUGUCAUCUCUAGCCAGGUACCUUGAGCCCCUGCCAGAUGAGGAGGGAGACCCUUUUCUCACACACAUCCAGGCUCUUUUCCAGUCUGACUUUAUUGCCAAGCAGCAACAGGAAGAGGGAGAAUCUUUAAAUGCCUUAUCUGGACCAGUGGACUCAGAUGAUCUUCCUUUUGAUCAGCUGAUUAGCGAGGAGAGACCCCAGGCAGGAGACUCUGAUCAGGAUUCUGGCAGAGCUUCAGACAGCAGUAUACAGACCGCCACCUCUGAGACAAACAGCAACACAUUGUUACAUCUAGGCUCUGUGUUAUCAACUGAGCAUGACUAUUUACUGUGAUGUACCAUGUACUUGUGCUAUACUGCGAUUUUUUUUAACUUAUGUGUAAACUUUUCUGUAAAUUUGUAUGGCUUUCUACCAGAAGCUUUCUGGUUCAAUUUUUAGCAGUUUUUAAAAAUGUUAGAAUUGGAUUGUGUGAGCAGAGUUCACAUUAAAGCCUGUUAACCAAAUACCCAGCAACUCCCCGAGUAGAUGUGCAUGUAUGUUUGUGUGUGGUGUGAAUGAGUGUGUUAUGAUGAACAUUUUGUCAGUUGUACAG